AUGCGUAUCAACGUAGUCUUCGUCUUUCUUCUGCUGCUCUCGUCUGGAAACCCAAGGAUUCUCUCACAUCCGGGGAAAACAUUGCUCGUGUAAGUGAGCGUCGAGGUUAAUGAAAUAAAGCUGAAAACUUUCAGAGUGGAUAAGGAAUUUCAUGCCAGCGACGUCGUGGUUACCUUGAGCGACAAUAAAAAUCUUAUGCCUGUUUCACGAGAACUUUUUCAAGAAAUCGCCGGACCUUAUUGCCACAACAAAGGUGAGUUAGUCAACUUAGUCGACUCUCAACUCUGAAAUGGCAGAUUACAAAAAGGUGAAAAAACGAGAGCUUCUCACAGCGAUAGGUUUUGUUACCAUCGGCAUAGUGGUUGGUGUAGCCGUGGGAGGAACAGUGGUAGGCUUCUUUCGCGGCCUAGUUUUCGAUUCGGAAAAGGUGAUAGUUUGAAAAUUGGAAAAAAGCAUUUUCAGUUUCAGAAACAAAUAGUGGAAACAGCAAACGCGCAACUGGUUGAAGCAGAAAAGAAAGAAGCUCGAGUGAUUUCACAAAUGGAAGAAAUAAUGAGAAAAAAAGAGAAAGACGAACUUAAGCUGAUUAUGCAGCCACAACUGGAGAAGAUGUUUGCGGACCAUGAAAUUCCUGCCGAUCUUUUUGAAAACCCCUUCAUGAUGGAAGUACGUUUGUUCACUAGCCCUGAUAAUUCACGCCUUUUUAUAGCGAUUAGCAAAAGUUCUUGGAGAAGGCUCUUGGAUGAAGGUCCCGCAGUACGCAUUCGAGCACAUGGAUCUCACUCCGGCAGAAUGCGACGAAAGUACUGCAUCAGUCAAGGUCGUCGUUCACUAUAAGAUCAUUGAAAACUAUGGAAAGCUGGCGCAAGUGAGGAAAUAAGUUUUUUUUGUCGUUUAAACAUUUUUUUUUGUCAGAUCGAAGACAGUGGAGUAGUUACCGGAAAUCAUCUGAAUCACCUAGUGUUUGCAAAAACCGAGUUGGCUAAGGUUAAUGGAACUUGGUAUACCGUUGAUAAGAACUUUUGCGAAGAGAAGGUAUUUUUAUUAUCAUCAUUUUGACUCUCAAUCCUACUGUGCUGUUUUUUUUUCAGAGAACUUCUAUUGCUUGCCCAAGGGAAGCGUUGACCGUAGCUAAGUGUAAUCCAGAAAACACCACUGUCUGCCAGCAGUUUGUUGAAAUCUCCUAUUAAUCAUUAGUUCAUUGAUUUUCAGUGUGACUGUACAACUCCCUUCAGUAGGAACGAUUUACCGCCGUUUUUUCAACUCGUAUGCUAUUUAUUCAUCGGAAAAGGUUGAAAGUUAAUAUUACUGGGUUGAAAAAAAAAAUUAAUUUUAGCGCUAUGCUGUUAAAAACCUGGACUCUAACAAAACCAUCAUCAAUAGCAUGCGGCCGUAUCAGUGGCAAACCGUUUACGUGAACGCCAAUCAGGAGUUGUUGGUCGGCGGUUAUCGGCUGCAAGGAUUUGUGGAGAAGAAUUAUGUGAACACGCUUCAUCCUUCGGUGAACUAAUUUUAUUAUGGCAUCAUUUUAUAUCGGUUCAUGUAGGGACACGAUGAAGAGGAAAUUGCUGAAGCUUAUGCGAGAGUGGAAGCAAGCUUGAAGCAACGAAAAAUACUCGAUCAUGAAGAGUAUAACAAAAUGAAGGAAAAGCUUGACGAAAGCCUGAACAACGUCACCUUCAUAACGAGUUUCUUCAACUUGUUUUGGUCGCCACAGUGGAUUACAAUAAUUGCCGUCGUCUGUUCCGUCGUUGCCGUUUUGUUCAUUGUAGCCUGCUGCCCUGCCUUGUUUUAUAAAGUCUUAUGCUUCUGCUUCUCGAAAAAACGACAACAAAGUCGUCCAGAAGAAAUACCCCUUCAGGUUGUCGUCAAAGUGAGUUUCAAAAAGUCUGACAAGAAAUGUUGAUGAAAAUUUAAGGUGGAGAAAGAAACGAACGAAAAUGCCAAUAACGCCAUCAGCAACACGACGUCUUUUGCAGCAGGUUCCUGUAAAUUAAUUUCAUUGAACUGAUUUUAUACUUACAGCAAACGAAACGAAGACAACGACCACGAUGAACCAUACGAAGCGGUGCCCCUGUAAAGCGGACGCUUUGACCACAGUGCCAGAGAGUUCGUGUUUCUGAAGUUGAUUUUUUUUUAACCGAAUCAGUUCAGUACCCGGUUGGAUUGCGAUUCCUGUGAAUUUGAGCAACUUUUCGCAGGCAACGUUGAAUCCAGUUUUUGGGUUCGACGGCAAUAAGUGGCUGCUAGGAAUCUUGUUGCCUAUGGAAAGAGGUCGAGCGAUCAUCGAGUUGCUAUCCGUGAGCAUAAAUAAAGAGUUUUCUUUAUUGUGGAAUUCGCUGCAGGUGGCACUGUUAUCCGAUUUUUUCCGUCGCGUGUCGAUCACCGAGCUACAACAACACGUGCACGAAGUUCUUCUAGAGGAAGACGUAGAAAUAACGAUGACCAUCUGCAGGGACUUUGAGGGUCAUAUUUAUUGGCUCGUUGAAGACGAGUAG